AUGGCGGCGCCGCCGUCCACACCACCCACGGUGCCCGGAUCACCGAGCAUUACACCUGGACUGCCUUCGACGGAUCGAAGCCAGCUUUGUGAAGCCAUGGUUUACUAUCUGCAGCUUCUACCGGCUGAGGACGUGCGCUUUCUUCUCUCCGUGACGGAAGCCAUCGGUGAACCGCAAUACGCGCGAUUGGCUCCGGCCACGGCUCGCGCGAACGAUCCCGAAUGGCUCAAGACCCUGCCCAAGGACCACGAUAUCCUCAGUGCCGCCCACGUUCUUCAUACACACGCGCCUCUCCUCCAUCGCACCGCCUUCUCUGCCCACCAGGCCAUGACUCAGAUCAUGACCCAGGUCGUGUGGCACGCCGACGCCCACAACCGAAACUCCUACUGCUCCACCUGUGCGCAUACCCUGCUCAUCCUCCUCCGCCACCCCGCCGCACUCCAAAAGGCCCGCGAGCAAAUCGGUGCCUACUUUGAAGCCAUUCGCACCCCGCGCACCUCCCGCAUCGCCCCCCAGGCCCCUCAUUCACCGGGCCUGCCCACCCCCACCGAGGCGGAAGGCGCGCCCCUCAGCGCCACCAUUCGAGCCGUUGAACGCGAUUACAUCAACCCGCGUGAAUUUGCUUUUGUACUCGAAGUCGUUUGGCGCAACAGCUUUGUUGGCAUCUGUCGCCGUACCCACGACCAGUUUUUUGACUUUCAAUGCCAGCUUCUCGACACCUUUCCCGAUGAUGCUCAAAAGGAGUCGCGCAUCAUUCCGCGUCUCCCUGGCAAGAAAAUCAUCAGCACCAAGAGCCGACAUGAGAUUGCCUUGGCCCGCCGUGAAGGCAUUCAAGACUAUCUCAACGAACUCUUCAAGCUUCCUCCACGCAUUUCCCAGUGCAAGUUGAUUGUGCAAUUUUUUCGCUCCUGCUUCCGCUGUGCCGGCCCCGAGGGCUUAUGCAAUGAGGGUUGCAAAACCCAUCUCAGCGAUGUCGAGGGCAAACCCGGCAGUAUCAACAAUAGUGCUGCCACCUCUGCACCCGCCCCCGCGCCCAGCACGACUCAGUCUGUCGAUGCGCCCGCCCGCAAACCCGCCCCAGCCGAGCCCAUCCAAGUGGUGCCGACACAUCCUCAAGCGACUUCCCAGCACAACUCCACCUACUUUUCCCACCACGCCAGCUCUGCUCCACCAAAUUUAGCACUGCAAGGCGGUGGUGACCCAGUCUCACGCCUCAGUCGUAGCCGACCAAGCUCCGGGCGUGGAUCCUCGGGCCACCUCGCUGCUGCAGACCGCGGAUCUUCUGGCUCGCCAUACUCCUCCGGCACUGCAUCCCCGGUCCCCGCACCCGCCGUUAUCACGGCCGGUGCUCUUCCACAGCCCGUCCGCAUCAUUGGCCAUCCUCAAAUGACCGCACCAGGCUACGCUGCAUCACCCCAUUCCCCGAUGGCCUACUACACGCCGAUCAUGCCACAUGGAACAAAUUAUCCUGUUGUUGGUGGGCCCCUGCCAGGCCAAGUGACACCCCAGUUAAUCACAUCAGUCGUGCCAGGCCAAUACCCGCCUCAACCCCUGGUUCCAGGACAAGUGGGACCUACUGCCGGGCCCUUUGGCCGUCCCUAUCCCGGCUAUUCGCCUAAUCUAGCGGGUAUGAAUGUCAAUCACGGCUCAAGCCAUGGCGCUUCGGUCCAGACCUGGCCCGGCGCAGCCCAUGCACAAGCCCAAGCUUUGGCUCAAGCGCAAGCUCAAGCCCAGGUUCAGGCUCAAGCUCAGGCUCAGGCCCAAGCACAUGCCCAAGUUUCUGCUCAGGCUCAGCCUCCAACACGCUCGCGCCAUCACCUGUCGCGUUCCGAGUCGACAUCGGGCCUGACCGAUAGCGCCCCCUCCAUCGGCUCUACCAGCUCGCUGGACGAAGCACGACGGGAACCAGACACCCCGUCCACGCCGACGUUGACGGCAUCCGAGACCCGUGGGACAUCCAGCUAUGGAGUGACCGAGAGUGAAAACAGCUUGGGUGGGCCAGCAUUUGAGGAGCCUACCGUCGCAGACUCGGGCCUUGAUGAUGUCCAAUCACAAGUGUUCGAGGACGCUAGAAGCCAGCAGACCCCAGGUGGCGAUGAUGUUUCAUGUGACUUGGAAGACGCCACCCCUGAGCCAGCGCGAGAGUCUCGUCCGACGCAGCCCAGCGGAGCCCGGGUCCGCACCAAAAGCGUUGACUCGGUCGUCUCUAUUGAAUCUGCCGCAAGUGCAGGCAAUGUGUCCUUGGGCAGCAAGUGCUUCAUCUGCCAGUCAACCGAGCACGAUACCCUUCACUGCACUUCUGAGGACGUGAGCAUUGAGCGACUUCGUGCACUGUUACAGGAUGCCAAUUGCCUGCCCGCCCAAGCCACGACAGAGACUAACCUGGACCAGUGGCGAUACUGGGCACAGCAAUAUGCCUGGCUCAAAGGCAUGCGCCUUCACAAGUAUGCACAUGCCGUUGUUGGCUUGUCGGCGCGCGAGAUGCACACGCUCCAGGAGGAGCAGCUCAAGAAGGCGGGUCUCACAAGCGGAGCUACCCGCAAACUCUUGGGCAUUGUCGCCAAGCACCUGCCCUUUGCUGACCGAGAGCAGAACGAAACGAUUGUGUAA